AUGGCGGAGGAGCGCUCAGCUCAGGCAACGCUGGCCGCUUGGCACCAGUACCGGCACGCCUGCGAACUCCGCCUGCACCUCGACCCCCCAGCACCCGGACCUGUUUGCAACCGCAGCUUCGACAUGUACGCCUGCUGGGGGGAUGCAGUCCCCAACACCACCGUCACUGUCCCCUGCCCCUGGUACCUGCCCUGGCACCACCGAGACUGGGAGACCUUUGGCGGGAUCAUUCGCAGUGCCCAGGAUCCGGCACAGGAGCAGCCGCUGCAGCGCCAGGCCUGGCUGCUGGAGCAGUUCCGGCUCCUCUACACUGUGGGCUACUCCCUGUCCCUUGUGGCCCUCCUGCUGGCGCUGCUACUGCUCCUCACCUUCAGGCGCCUGCAUUGCACCCGCAACUUCAUCCACGCCAACCUCUUCCUCUCCUUCGUGCUGCGGGCAGGCGCCAUCCUGACGCGGGACGCGCUGCUGCGCCGCCGCCUGCGCCCCGGCCCCCGCACCCCGCUGCAGCUGGUGGGCCAGGAGGCGGUGGCCAGCUGCCGGCUGGCCCAGGUGGUCACCCAGUACUGCGUGGGGGCCAACUACGGGUGGCUGCUGGCCGAGGGGCUCUUCCUCCACAAGCUCCUGGUGCUGGUGGCCUUCAGUGGCCGGCGCUGCCUACCUGCCUUCCUCCUCCUCGGCUGGGGAGCCCCCGUGCUCUUCGUGGUACCAUGGGUGGUAGCGAGGUACCUCUAUGAGAACGAGGGGUGCUGGGAGAGGAACGAGAAGGUGGCAGUGUGGUGGAUCAUCCGCUGUCCCAUCCUGGUGGCAGUGGCGGUGAACUUCAUGGUAUUUGUCCGCAUCGUCCGUAUCUUGGUGGCCAAAGUCCGGGCGCAUCAGGUGUCCCAGGGGGACACCAGGGUCAGGGUGGGGACAUGGGGUGGGGGUGUGCUGGCCCGCUCGACGCUGACGCUGAUCCCGCUGCUGGGGGUGCACGAGGUGGCCUUCGCCCUGUUGGGGGAGGGGCACGGGGGGGGCACCCUGCGCCUGGUGCGGCUCUGCCUGCAGCUGCUGCUGUCCUCCU